UUCAGUGUUAACGGAAAUGAAAAGUGACCAAGAACAAUUACCACGUUAGCGUUGUUAUUUAGACGUUUAUUAAAACCCUGAAACUCAAACUAUGACUAAUUUAACUGCACAGCAUCACAUACUUACAAGGUAGUGUUUAAUUCGCGUUGAUGACAGGGCAUGUUUGAUAGAUGUUAUCUAGGUAGCGCUAGCUAGUUGCUAACAAUGGCUAACUGUAUGGUUUUUCACACUCAAAUAGCCUCCAUUAUGGAGGUGCUAGCGAAUGCAGCCGUGGCAGACAUCUGUAAACUCGUAGACGACGACUAUGCAGUGUUUCGUUUGGAAAUUUCUCAAAGCCAGAAAGAAAACAGGGCAUUGCGAAGGAAACUACAGCUAUUCGAACUGAAGAUGGCACGGGAGCGCGUCCUCACCAGUCGUCCCAGUAGUGUCAAGAUCCUCGACCGAUACAGAGGAAUGGCAAGAGGACAGCUCACUGGAGGCAAUAGGAGCUUUGUGAAGCCAGUGGGACACAAUACAUGGAGAGAUGACCAACCAGAUACUGUUGAUGAGGGGAGUGGAACCUCAACCCAGCCCGUUAUCGUGAUAGAGUCUGCAGAUGCAGAGGCUGCAGGUCUUGGGGUCAAGCAGCACAGGUCUGAAGGAGAGGAGGGCCCGAGGCAAAGCGGAGACAUCCAGACUGGAGUGGCUGGAGCGCCCUAUGAAGCCAUGGAGGACCCCACCACCCCUGCGCCCCAGCCAAGGACCCGACGUAGCAUCACGGAGGAGGAGGGUCUAGAGGUGCUGCUGGUGAAGGAGGAGGGGUGUGAGGAGGGUUUAGGGAAACCGGAGGGGACCAUAUUCAUGGAGGACAACCAGACUACACCUCCUCCUGAAUCCACAGAGGAACCAGCUGAGCAGCACAGGACCACACACAGUCUCACUGAGUCAGUAGACAUGGAGGAUGGGAAGCCUGAUCUGCUGCUGGUCAAAGAGGAGACAAUAGAAGACGGUCCAGAGAGCAUUGACCUGCUGAGUGGACUAAAGAUGGGGGAGCAAGUUAGUUGGCUGGAGGCUAACAGAGAAGACUGGGCGACCAUCUUGGAUUACCAGACCCAGACGGGUGCAGCCAAGGGCCUAAGGGACAACAUCACUGAGCAGGCCAGGACCAGAGGUGACAUAGUGGAGUCAGUAGACAUGGAGGAUGGGAAGCCUGAUCUGCUGCUGGUAAAAGAGGAGACAGUAGAAGACGGACCAGAAAGCAUUAAUCUGCUGAGUGGACUAAAGAUGGGGGAGCCAAGUGGUUGGCUGGAGGCUAACAGAGGAGACUGGGGAGCCAUCUUGGAUUCCCAGACCCAGACUGGUGCAGCCAAGGGCCCAGUGGACAACAUCACUGUGCAGGCAAGGACCAGAGGUGACAUAGUGGAGGUCAGCGGAUGGGACAGGGUCCUCAACUCUGGGCUGGGGAACAACAUUGUUGACCACUACCAGAAACAGACAGUUGAACACAAAACAACAUCCAAACUCAGUCUCCAUGACAACAGACUGGCUGAGACGAGGGCGAGACUUAGAUUUGGUCUGCGGGGAAGUGUUCGUAUGCAGCUGGAGAGAACAGACACUGACUCGGCUAGCGACGCUCAGUCCUGCUCCUAUAGUUGUGAUUCAGAGAGACUGAUGGCACCUCAGGUUAACCCCCUAACAGAUGCUGCCUUCAGCCUGCCUUCUAUAGGAUCUAUCAAUUGGAACAUGGAGCCUGCAACAACACAGACACUCCCUGGUCUUCAUCCUCCUCACACUCUCCUAAUGUUAAACCAAACCUCAGACAAUGCCAGUGCCUCAACACUAAAUGGCUACACAAGCCUAUUGACAAAUGACAGUAGUAGUAACGCUAUCAACAGAUCUUGUGGCAAAGAGAAACGCUUCCUGUGUUCCUUCUGUGGGAAAGCCUUCAGUUUCCCCCAACAGGUGGAGAUCCACCAGAUGAUGCACACAGGGGAGAAACCUUUCGGCUGCCACCUAUGUCGGGCUAGUUUCUCCCACUCCUCCAAGCUGAAGAGGCACCAGAGAGUCCACACAGGGGAGAAACCAUACAGCUGCCCCCAGUGUGAUAAGAGGUUCUCCCACCAGCACCACCUGAAGAGGCACCAGAAGGUCCACAUGAGAGAAAGGCCGUUUGCCUGUACGCACUGAAAAUGCAGAAAAUACACACUGCGCGUGUAUAAUGUAGAACUAGUUAGAUUUUAAUGAAUUCUGUUGGAUUUGGAUGUAUAGGAAAGUGGAUGAGAUGAACUGAGGAUGAUGAGGCAGAGUAGAUGAUUAUGGUGAUGGUUGGUGUGAUGGUGUCUGUAAAAAUGCUUUGUCCCUUUAGGUUGAUACUGUUUUAUAGUGAGAUAAUGACAGUGUCUUAAUUAAUGUUUACUUGACGUGAAGUCUUGAAGCUGUGUGUAAUGUAAUGUUGAACCUUUUCCAAAGUAUUCUAAAAUGAAUGUUUUCAUUUAUCGUUUUGUGCAAUAAAAGUAAUGUAGUUGA